GCGAAACAUGGCUUCUUAGAUAGCGAUUGAUUGAGCAAAUCGGUCGCCCAAAAUAACCAAGUUAUGGCGAGAUUGAGGUCAGAUUCUGCUAAAACGAAGAGAGAAACUACGAGGAAAACUUCUUCUGCCUCAAGAGUUUGUAAAAAUGGUAAAUCUGGAGCGACAGUGGCGAAGAACUCUGUAUCUUCAAAAGCAAGCUUGCGAUCAGUCAAGCGCGAAAUAGAACCGGCUGCCGAUUCUUUACAGAAAUCAACUAAGUGCUGUGACAAAUCGACGGAUGAACCCUCCAGAAACGGGCCCUCUCACAGAGGCAAGAGGAGAAAGUUCUCAUCCCAGGAGCCUAGUGAAUCUCCCUCAAAAAAACCUAAAGUGAAUUUAUCUGAAGACCAAAUGCCAGAGAAUGUGAAAAAUGUAGAUGGCAAGAAAAGAUUUUCCAAGGCAGAGAAACGUAAAUCAUCUGCAUGUUUGAAACAAGCCUCUAAUAAGAAUGAUGUGAAACCAAAGGCCACCUCCCUUGAGUUGAAACAGGUGCAUGUACCUAUCGCAAAGAUAAAAGGGAAGCUGAAAAAAGAAAGUCCAGUGAAACAUAAACAUUCACCUGUACCUACUCCUGGAAAUGAACAGAGUUCACCUAGAAAACACCAUGCAGCUGCAAGCAAAAGGUUGAAACUAGAUUUGAAAGAAAAUGUCAAAGAAGAGAAUGAUGUUGAGGAAAAUAAAGCAAAAGAAUCUAUGGAAGAUGAUUCUAGUGAUGAUGAGGAGAUAGAGUGGGAAGAUGUUGAUGAGGCUGAUGUUGUGGAUCAUGGACCUGAACAUGAGGAAGCUUCAACCUCACAGGAGGAUCAGCCACCCAGCAAAAGCAGUGUUGAGAUCAGUAUUACAGUACCAGGAACAAAAAAGAAAAAAAAAGGAUGGAGUCAUGAAGAUGUUGUUAAAUACAUUAAAAGAGCAAUUAACAGAUUUAGGAAAGAUGUUUACACCAGCGCCCACAAGGUUCACAUUUUGACUCUUAUUGCACGUGGAUUCUUUAGAAACAACAUUUGUAAUGGGUCCCUGCUACAGGCUAUUCUGCUAUCCCAUGUUCCAGGGGACUUUAUUUCUGUGAACAAGAGGAAAUGGGACGUGGUACAACUUACAAACUUCUUGAAAUGGUUUCAAAGUGAGUUCUCCAGCACUGAUGAUUUAAGAACUGGAGACAAAGAGACAGACAAACAGAUUGCCAGAUUUCAAAACUUAUCUGAGGUAUUUGUGACAAUCUUCAGAGCUCUUGGAUUUCUGACAAGGCUUGUGUAUUCCCUUCAGCCCAUGUCAGCUAAAGGUGACGUAGACAGUAAAACAAGCACUAAAACUGUGAAGAAGAAUACUCCCAAGGGGAAAAAAGUAUCUCCUCAAAAUUCAAAAAAAUUAUCACCGCCACAUGUUCAGGAGGAAGCUGCUACAAAGUCAGAGAAUUUCAAAUCAGAAAAUGAACCCAAGACAACUUUAUCUAAAUCCGUGACACUCGUUUCUGAAAAUACAAGUGAUGUUGACAGUAAGAAAUUAAAAAAGGAGAAGGUAACUAAAACUGGUACAAAGGAAGGAGGUAAAUUGAUUAGCGGUGUUCAAAGAACUCCUAAGACUUCUGAUAAGAAUAGCAAAGUCAGUAAGACUAGGAAAAAGAACAAGGAUAACAUUGGUGAUGACCCUGCCAAAAAACCUGUGAAGAAGAGACCUUUACGCAAGAGAGCCAAGGUAGAUUACUCACUCAGUGACCAUGAGAAGGAAAUUGAUGAUGACAAAGAAUGGAGUGAACCAUCUAGUGAAAGUGAAGAGGAGGAAGACACGAACUGCUCAGAAAAAUUCCCAAAGAAGAAAAACAAGUCUCCUCUGGCCAGGACAAAAGUGUCCUCUGCAGAUAGUUGUAAUGGUACACCAACUGAGAACAGUAGCGUGUCAUUUAUUAAUCUUUUGGAUGAUGAUAGUGAUUUUGAAGUUUCAAGCAAACCAUUGGUUAAAAGAAAACUGGCUGCUGAUUCAUCAAAUAAAAAGAAGCCUGUGAAGAUUAUCAGCUCUGAUGAUUCUGAUGAAAGUAUCAAGUGUUUGGGAGUUUUCGCUGAUGAAACAGGUAUCAACUGGUGGACUGAGGUGUUUUUGCCUUCUGACAAGAAAUGGAUUUGUGUUCAUCUUGAAUCUUCUAGUGUCAAUCAUCCUGAACUGUGUGAACAACAGGCAACCCAACCUAUGGUAUAUGUUGUGUCAUUUGAUAAUGAUAAUGCUGUCAAAGACGUCACCAAUAGGUAUGCCUCUUCCUUCAUGUCUAAGACCAGGAAGCUUCGCAUUGAUUCUGAUUGGUGGGAAAAUACACUUCUUCCAUACAAGUCAAAAAAUAAGAAAAUGGAUAAAAUGGAAAAUUCUCUUCUUGAGGAUCAACUUCUUGACAAACCUCUGCCCACCAGCAUAACGGAGUACAAAAACCAUCCUCUUUACGUGUUGAAGAGACAUCUCCUUAAAUUUGAAGGCUUGUACCCAGAAACUGCAGCCAUUUUGGGUUAUUGCCGCGGUGAAGCAGUCUACUCAAGACAAUGUGUUCAUUUGCUCCACACAAGAGAGAAGUGGUUGAAUGAGGCUUUGGUUGUGAAGCAAGGCGAGAAACCUUACAAGGUUGUAAAAGGACGGCCUAAAAGGAAUCAACCAAUCCAUGAGCGAGAUUCAGUCACAAUUGACUUGUUUGGCAGAUGGCAAACAGAGAAAUAUAAACCUCCGCCAGCGAAAGAUGGAAAAGUACCAAGGAAUGAAUAUGGUAACGUAGAGUUAUUCCAACCUUGUAUGCUGCCACCAGGAACGAGGCACAUUCAAAUUAACGGCAUCCAACGGGUGGCUAAGAAACUCGGCAUUGAUUGCGCUCAGGCUGUGAUUGGAUUUGAUUUUCACUGUGGUUUUAGUCACCCUGUUAUUGAUGGUGUUGUGGUGUGUGAGGAAUAUGAACAGGUGUUAUUGGAUGCGUGGCAUGAAGAAGAGGAACAAGCAGAGAGGAAAAGAGCAGAGAAGCGCGAAAAACGUAUGCUGGCGAACUGGAAGCUUUUGACGAGGUCACUGUUAAUCCGUGAAAGACUGAAGAAAAGAUACAACACAGAGGAGACAAGCACAGUUGAGACACCAAGCCAAGAGGACGAGGCUGCCACCGACACCUUAGUUUCAUGGCCUCUAAACAGACAAGAGGGCAAAACGAGUGUUGCUGGUGAGGGACAUUGCCAUGUAUUUCCUGAGAGUGGACACUCACAGGAUCCUGUUACCGGAGAAUGGAGUAAAUCAUGUUCGUGUGGAUUAACUCUUCCGUUCGAAAAAAUGUAGACAGAAAAAAAAAACUCCGUCAAACAAAAUUCAAAUCGUAAGUUAAUAUUAACAGUGUAAAUCCAAACGUUUCUUUCUACACCUUGUAAAACUACUAUUUAGUUCCUGAAGUUUGACUAAAGAAAACAUGCCCAUGGAAAAGAAAAAUUGCGCAUUUGAGUUUUGAGCACCGUUGGUGCUGCAGUAGCAUAUAUUAUGACCUUGAGUAAACGCAAAGAAGGUUGUUGUUAGUCUCUGACUGUGGGUGAAAUAAUCUUCAGAAACAAUUGACCAUCGCCUAGCCAACAAUUUGGAAUAACUUUUUGAACGAGUGACGUAAACCCAAAACCAGAAUACUGUUUGAGCGCUUUUUACUCGUGCCGUAAAACCGCCCGUCAUAGCGAAGGGAAAUUCCCUGAUAACUUAAGGUAAAAAGAAGCAAACGAAUUAAUAAAAGCAAAACCGAAGCAAUAUCUGAUCAUUUUCGACACUCAUGGAAAAUUGCUCUCUGUCCGAUCAAUACGAAGGUAAACAUCACUAGGCACCAGUCAGAACUUAAACAAAGGCUUGGGAAACGCGGCUGUCAAAGCAUGAUUGAUUAACGGAUUCUCAUCUCGUUAGUCGAGAACGUGUCGCAAAAUUCCAAGGCUAAUCGCACGGCACAAAUACGUACAAUAGUCAAUUGAAAAUUGGUCCAUGAACAACAGGAAAAUGAGGAACUAAAAUUGUGGUUCUCAACUAUUUCAUGGAAUAUUUGUUACAUCUAUGUCCAAAUCAACAUUGGUUUAACAUACUUUAAUUAGUUUAUACCACACAGGUGAACAGUACUUUUUUGCCAACACAGAUUGGCUGGUUUGGAAGUGAUUAGCAAAUACUAUUCACCUCCAAGCUGCCAAAGAGGAAAAAUUGCACAUCAACAGUUUGGUUUCUGUGUGUUUUAUACUAAAAACUAAUUAUUAUUCACCUCAGUGUUGGUGAAUAAGGUGGAUAUUUACCUCCACUUUAGUGAAUAAUUAUUUUUUAUACUUUAUUUUAACUGACAUGUAUCAAUUUUUCCAGUUGCAUUAUUAUUUGACUUCUUUUUGGAUUGCAAUCAUUGCAAUCAUGAGGGUGGCAUUAAGGGAUGUAAUAAUUGGUCAUUAAAUGACAAAAUGCAGAUGUAUUGCAACAGGAUAGUAUCUAGUUCAUAAGCUAAAUAAAUUGUUUUGUUUGUGCAGAUGUUACUUUUACAAUGUAUUUUUCU